UGAUUUGUACAUUUAUACUUUUGCGAAACAACUCGACGGGAAAGAAAUUUCAAUUUUUGUUAAGAAAUAAAAUCGCUGUUUACAAUUCUUUUAGUUUUUCUGUGUCGUUAAGUUUCAUUUUUCGAAACACUUACAACAUUGUGAAAAUUAUUUGGUGUUUAUUAUAAUUUGUAUUUGAAAGAGCAGAUUUAAUAGCAAAAAUGGCACUCUCCGAAUCUCAGUGUUAUACCAUCAUAAAUACACCCGAAUUAUCGGAUGUUUUCAAUGAAAUGAAAAUUAAGAAAGAUUUGGAGCAAGGCGAUGAAAAUGUACAAAUCGAUACGUUGAAGAAAGUGAUUAAGCUAUUGUUGAAUGGUGAACGUUUGCCUGGCUUAUUGAUGACCAUCAUUCGAUUUGUGAUGCCAUCACAAAAUCAUACUAUCAAAAAGUUGUUGCUCAUUUUCUGGGAGAUUGUACCAAAAACAACGCCCGAUGGCAAAUUGAUGCAAGAAAUGAUUCUCGUGUGCGAUGCAUACCGAAAGGAUUUGCAACAUCCAAAUGAAUUUCUGCGUGGAUCGACGUUGCGAUUUUUGUGCAAAUUGAAAGAGCCUGAAUUGCUUGAGCCACUCAUGCCGGUGAUUCGUGAUUGUUUGGAGCAUCGUCAUUCGUAUGUGCGUCGUAAUGCUGUCCUUGCUAUUUUCACCAUUUACAAAAAUUUCGAAUGGUUGGUACCGGAUGGACCCGAACUCAUUGCCAACUUCCUUGAUACACAACAAGAUAUGUCAUGCAAACGUAAUGCAUUCUUAAUGUUAUUGCAUGCCGAUCAAGAUCGUGCACUGAACUAUUUGGCAUCGUGCCUAGAUCAAGUCAAUAAUUUUGGUGACAUUCUGCAAUUGGUUAUUGUGGAAUUGAUCUACAAGGUGUGUCAUGCAAAUCCAAAUGAACGUUCUCGAUUCAUUCGUUGCAUUUAUAAUUUGCUCAAUUCAUCGUCGAAUGCUGUUCGAUACGAAGCGGCCGGUACAUUGAUUACAUUGUCAACCGCUCCAACGGCCAUCAAAGCAGCGGCCAGCUGUUACAUCGAACUCAUCAUCAAAGAAAGCGACAAUAAUGUUAAGUUGAUCGUUUUGGAUCGUUUGAUUGGAAUCAAAGAGAAUGAAAAUACCGAACGUGUUAUGCAAGAUUUAGUUAUGGAUAUUUUACGUGUGCUGGCCGCACCCGAUAUUGAGGUACGACGUAAAACAUUAAACUUGGCCAUGGACUUGGUAUCGUCGAGAAACAUUGAAGAGAUGGUACUCGUUUUGAAGAAGGAAAUUUCCAAAACGCACAACGUCGAACAUGAAGACACCGGAAAAUAUCGACAAUUACUUGUUCGCACAUUGCACAGUUGUUGCAUUCGUUUCCCAGAUGUUGCAGCAACUGUUAUUCCAGUUUUAUCCGAAUUCCUAUCCGAUACAAAUGAACAAGCUGCUACAGAUGUGCUUGUUUUCAUUCGCGAAGCCAUUCAAAAAUUUCCAAAUUUGCGUGCAUUGAUUACGGAGAAAUUGAUCGAAACAUUCCCAUCGGUUCGUUCGGUGAAAGUUCAUCGUGCCGCCUUAUGGAUUCUUGGCGAAUACAUCAAUAGCAGCAAAGAAAUUUUGGAAGUGAUCGAUGUGGUGAAUCAAACCAUUGGCGAAAUUCCAAUUGUCGAGGCCGAACAGCGUAAAUUGGCUGGCGAAGAAGAACAAGACGAUCCAAAUAAACCAGCCAAUUCAACUGCAUCGGCAAGCACGAAAGUCACUUCGGAUGGCACCUAUGCCACUCAAAGUGCAUUCAGUGUUGCACCAGUUGCGAAGAAAGAAGAGCGACCACCAUUGCGUCAAUAUUUGAUGGACGGAGAUUUCUUUGUGGCAACAACAUUAGCUACAACAUUCACCAAAUUGGCAUUGAAGUAUAUCGAAUUGGAGAAGGAUGCAUCAAAGCAAAACCAUGUAUGUGCUUCAAUAAUGCUAACCUUGAGCGCAAUAUUGCAUUUGGGUCGAUCGGGCUUUUCGUCCAAACCAAUCACAAAUGAUGAUGCUGAUCGUAUAUUCGUAUGCUUGCGUACAUUGAGCGAACGUUCGCCGGAAAUUGUAGAAAUAUUCAAGGUCUUGUGCCGUGAUGCAUUGGCCAAAAUGCUUGAAGCACAUCAAACGGAAGAGCAACAAAUGAUUAAGGAUAAACAACAGAAAGCGGUUAAGAUUCAAGCCGAUGAUCCAAUUACAUUCUCACAGCUGUCGAGCGGCAAGGAUAGCUUUUUGGGUGAAAAUGUGUUCGAAUCAAGUUUGAAUCAAGCAUUGGCCGGCACAAAAUCUACUUCAAUUGUUGAUGUUGCAUCGCCAAAUAGUAAAUUGAACAAAGUCACUCAAUUGACUGGUUUCUCGGAUCCAGUUUAUGCUGAGGCUUAUGUGCAUGUCAAUCAAUAUGAUAUCGUUUUGGAUGUAUUGGUGGUGAAUCAAACCAGUGAUACAUUGCAAAAUUGUACAUUGGAAUUGGCCACAUUGGGCGACUUGAAACUGGUCGAACGACCACAUCCAGUGGUUUUGGCACCACACGAUUUUUGCAACAUCAAAGCCAAUGUUAAGGUUUCUUCCACUGAAAACGGAAUUAUUUUUGGCAAUAUUGUUUACGACACCACAACCACAUCAAAUGUCGUUGUUUUGAACACGAUACACAUUGACAUCAUGGAUUAUAUUAUGCCAGCCUCAUGCACUGACACCGAAUUCCGUCAAAUGUGGCAAGAUUUCGAAUGGGAAAACAAAGUGUCGGUCAACACAACAUUAACCGAUUUGCACGAGUAUUUGAAACAUUUACUAAAAUCGACCAACAUGAAAUGCUUGACACCAGAGAAAGCAUUGUCUGGCCAAUGCGGUUUUAUGGCUGCCAAUAUGUAUGCACGCUCGAUUUUCGGUGAAGAUGCAUUGGCCAAUUUGAGUAUUGAGAAACCAUUGGAUGAUCCAAACGCUGCGGUAACCGGACACAUUCGCAUCAGAGCCAAGAGCCAAGGUAUGGCAUUGAGCCUAGGCGAUAAAAUCAAUUCAACGCAGAAAGCAAUUCCACAAAAGACCGUCGUUGCCGCCUAAUGAUGUGGUUAUCUAUUCGUUGAUAAUUGUGUUUUUUCCGAAAGAAAUAUUUCGAAUCAUUUAGUCUUAUUGCAUUAGAUUCAUUGAAUCGAUUAGAAUUUAAGAAUGAAAUUUAUUAUUAUGAAGUAUAUAUGUUCGCAUUCCCAAUAAAAUGAAUAAAAAAUGCCACUAUGUAUGAAUAUCUGAUAAAUAAAUGAAUAAAGUGAGCUAAUUUACAUCGUA